AUGGCUGAUCCUGGUGCCAUGGUACCGAGUUAUCCGCCGCCGGAAGGCUAUGCCUACCCCUACGGCUCCUCGGCACCGCCCAGCUAUGGUGCGCCUCCCAGCAGCUACCCGCCGCCGGACCCGUAUGGCUACCCGCCGCCCAGCUACGGUGCGCCGCCCGCCGGGUACGGUGCGCCGCCGAGCGGGUAUGGCUAUCCACCACCUCCGGCCUACGGGACACCCCCGCCGGACUACGGCGCGGCCUACGGGGCACCUGCAAGCUACGGAGCGCCCGCUCCUGGCUAUGGGGCGCCCCCACCGGGCUAUGGGGCACCACCGGGCUAUGGGGCGCCGUAUGGAUCCGCCACCUCAUCCUCUGCCCCGGGAUAUGGAGCGUUAGAGAAGACCUCUUCCUCCGCCCGCCGGGAGCAGACGUCCUCCAUUCGGAGAGACCGGGAUGCUCGGGAGCCGCGCAAAGGGCCGCGGAACGAGCUAGGCGACAAAAACAAGAAGGAGGGUGGGAAAAAAGGAAAAGGAAAGGGCAAGCAAAAAGAGAAAGGCUCUAAAGGUGACAAGCCAAAGAAGCCAGAAGGUGAGAAUCAGGAAUCUCAGCAGGAAGAUGGAAAGGAGGAAAAGAAGGAAGGUAAGGGAGAAGGUAAAGGAGAAGGUAAAGAAGGCAAAGGAAAAGAUGGCAAAGGAAAAGGCAAGGGGAAAGGCAAGGGAAAAUCGAAGGGCAAGGUAGCAACCAAGAUCGCCUGGGGCGAGCCAUGCUUCGUGGGUCGAUUGCGAAACUACAACGCGGAGAAGAAGGCCGGCAUCAUCGCGUGUGCCGAAGCCUAUGCGAUGUGCGGUCAAGAAGUCUACGCCUAUGGUUCCGUUUUGGAGACCGCCAAUGUGGGCGUGGGCGACACCUUGGUCUUCUUCAUCCACUGGUCCAACUGGGGGCAGCCACAAGCUUCCUAUGAGUUGCUCAGGAUUCACUCGAUCAACGGCAUGGCCUUGAAAGGUACCUUCAAAGCGGCCGAGGCGGACAAGGGCUUCGGCUUCAUCGAGUGCCCGGAGGCGAAGGAAUACUUCGGCCGGGAUGUUUACGUGAACAAGGAGUUCGCCGCUGGCUUGCAGACGGGCCAGUGGGUGAGCUUCAAUGUCAAGUUGAACCGGGACAUGAUGCCCAACGUCACAGAGGUCGCCCUGGUGGAUGAGAACUGGAAGCCUAGCCAGGGCGACCUGAGCGAAAGCAAGGAGCAGUUGGAGGGCGACACCGAGCCGAGCGACUCCGUCUCUGUGGCCUCGGGGGGCACGGACGCCACAGGUGAAAGCUGGGAGAAUGUGGGGUUGCCCUCUGAGAGGGAUGAAGCGGUGGAGGAGGAAGAGGAGGCAGAGGAUGCGGAAGAGAUCAUGGAUGGAGCAGGUCCCCUGGACCUUCCGGACCUUCCGCGCCCUCCAGAGGAUGCCAUGCGUGUGGAGCACAAGGAGAUCCUGGGGCUUUGCCGCACCCAGAGCUUUUUACAAUACGUGCUCAUUGCCAUCCUCUCAGUGCUCCUUUUGCGUGGUGCUGUGGCUGGGCGCAAGGUCCAACCCGUGGCUGACGAGCCUUCUACCACGGCGUCGUUGUUGGACAUUCUGCAGGCGGAGCGUUCCGCCCUGGCCAACGUGCAAAGGCAAUGUGUUGACCUCAUGCACCUGGAAGAGGCCAUCCUGGGGCUAAGGUCUUGCGAGCUGCUGGCUUCCCAGGAGAAAGCCGAGCUGAACAAGUUGCUGGACCGGAUCGAAAAUCAGCUCUCGAGGAACGAGUUCUCCCAGAGUGAGGAGGAAGGAUGCAAGCUCCCUCAGGAAGAGAACAAGGUUCUCCGGCAGAAACUUGCCGCCUACAAGUUUCUGAAGACGCACGCCGAGCAGCAGCGAGGAGAGUUGAGGCACUCGCAGCAAGAGAACAAGGUGCUCCGGCAACACAUUUCUGCCUUGAAGCAGCUUCAGGAGCAGCAUGAGCAGGAGCAAGCAUCUACGAGGGAACGAGAAGCGGAUGUCUUGCAACGCUAUGAGCAGCUCAAGGAUGCCUUGCACGAGUCCGAAACCUUCAGGAGGGAAGAGAAUGCUGAGUGGAAGCAAAAGCAUGAGGAUCUUCGAGUAAAAUGGUUUUCUGCGAAGCAGGAACCGCUGGAGGCCAAGCACGAAGCGCACGCCCACGAGGCGGAGCUUCGGGCUGAGCUGUUGCGCCUGAGAGAAGACCGGGAUGCGUGGAAGAAGGAGGCCCAGAAAGCCCAGCAACGGCUACGAGAACGAGAAGAGGAAAUGAAGAAGGCUCAUCCCUCGUGGAUCAACCAGGUGGAAGAUUUCCGGCAGCGCAUGACGGAAGAAUGGCAGCGGCAUGCCCAAGCGCACAGCAGUCCCUACUUGGGAGAGUGGCUGGAACACGCCCGACGAGAGACGGAGGAGGUGGCCGAGAAGCUCCGGAAGAAGUACGAGAAAGCCCGAGAGAAAGGUCAGAAGGCUGCCUGUCGUUGGUCUCGGCGCUGGGGCUUCAAGAACUGCCGUGAGGAUGUUUAGGCGCAGGCCAGGCGGAAGGAUGGCCAGGGUGUGGCAGGCCUUCUUGAUGUGAGGCGUUUUUGUGGAGCUGCCAAGAGAUGCUCUGUAAGUGUUGGUGGUUUUGGGAUGUGGGUGGAGCCUGGUUAUUGAGUGAUGGUGAUGUGAGUGAUGUGAGUGAUGUGAGUGAUGUGAGUGAUGUGAGUGAUGUGGAUGGUGUGGGUGUGGGUCAGAGCACAAGCGAACAUUUUGCCGUGUUCUGUAUAUAUGUUUCCAUCAUGCAACCAUAAUUAAUACGCGCAUGAGCUAAGUACAACCACCUUUGCUAAAAGAUAUAAGUGCCGACUUUCUCACGACUUGUCCUUGAAAUCCAGACCCCAAGAGGAGCUUCAAAUGAGGUCAAAAUGGAUGGUUUCGGAACGGUUAGGAGGUCUUAGUCACCUUUAUACAAA